AUGCAAAGCAACCCGUUGAAUGAGGAACUACAUCAGAAAGAGAGAGAAGCAAUCAAUCAGGUGAGAAAGUGGAGGCAGAUUGAGGGUAUGGCUCUUCUCCAAAAGGCUAGAAUUCCUUGGUUGAAGAACAGGGAUGAUAACAUUGUGUUCUAUCAUGCUACGAUUAAGGAGAGGCGAGCUGCUAAUAGCAUUUAUGAGUUACUAGAUAAAGAUGGUACGGUUUCUACGAACCUUGUAGUGAUUGACAGGGAUACAUUGAGAGAGGGUCGCCAAAUUGAUGCCAACAACACUCAGAUGCUAAUCUGGGAGGUUAGUGAGGCAGAGAUUAAGAAGGUUCUCUUUGGGAUGAAUGACAGUAAAGCUCCAAAAUUAGAUGGGUUUAAUGCUUGUUUCUUUAAGAAGACAGUGCUUGUAGGGAGACUUCAAAAGGUUAUCGGGGAGGUGACUGUUCAAGCCCAAUCACAGUUCAUCCCGAGUAGACAAAUGGUGUUUCUAAGCUCGAUUAUGGAAGAGAUGGGGUUCCCCCAAAAUUUUGUAGGGAAGGUCAUGGCCUGUGUCACGUUAGUUUCUUUCUCUAUCCUGGUGAAUGACACCCCUUUAAAACCCUUUGCUGCAAAGAAAGGUUUGCGGCUGGGCGACCUUAUUUCUCCAUACUUGUUUACCAUUGGGAUGGAAUAUUUAUCGAGACUUAUGCGCAAGAUGAACGGCUCCCCGAGCUUCAUCUUCCAUCCUAGAUGCAGGAAAGCUGAUAUUACCCACCUUCUUUCUGUAGAUGACCUCCGUAUGUUUUGUCGCGUUGAUACCAACUCUGUUACAAACAUGAUAAGUACCUUUGAUCGGCUCUCUCAAGCCUCGAGGCUGGAAGCUAAUACGAGUAAAAGCAACAUUUAUCUCUCAGGGGUUGAAAGGCAAACCAAAGAUCGGUUAAUUGCUCUCUUGAAAUGGAGGAGGGAGAUUUCCCUUUCAAUAUUUAGAGGUCCCACUCCACUCCAAAAAGCUAAAUUCCAACGAUUGCAAGCCGCUGGUAGAAAAGAUUAUAGGCAGAGUCAAGUUCUAGUCUUCAAGAUUGUUGUCUUAUGCAAGUAG